UAAACCUGUUACUCGAGAUAUUUUAACAGUUAUAUUUCACCUUAAACGUGAAGGUGCAUACCUUAUUCAAUUCUGUGUCGUACCAUAGGUUAUAAGUGAAUUCGUUGGUUUACCGUAUUUUCAUACAGGACCUGUUAAUUUGGAUGCGAAUAUUUCAGUAAUUAUUGCAGACUGGGUAGAUAUCGAAUAUGCUAAAUAUCUAAACAAGCAAUGAGAAUAUGAAGAGCAAUAUCAAUAAAGAAGAGACAGAAACAAAAAAAAAAUAUGUAUUCUUCUCUGAUCCAGAUGUCAUUGUCCGUCGUGCAGAGUCUACAGCAGCUACAUCGCAGGCACUCCAGAAUUUUAAGAUUUUUAACGAACAAUAUCGUGCUUGUCCUGAACUAAAUCAGUUCAAACCAGAAAGUUCUACAAAUCCACAGACAAAAUCUGAUAUUAAAGGCUUGGAAACUCUGCUUUCCUACCAUCCUGUUCAGCCAUAUCCGUUCACAUUUAUUACAGCAGUUAAACGAAAGCUUGCGCUUAACAUGCAUGACGAGGCAUGCAAAAGAGCUUAUGAACCUGAUAAACUGGAUAAGUCACAUAGCGAUGUUGACAUAAGUAAAACGAUUACAGAUUUUAAACGAAACAUUAAUCAAGCGGCACAGAAAAUGGAUUUCAUCAGGCCACUCAAAGUUCCAGACCUGAAAAUUUCCCCAAAGACAUUAGAUUAUUCAAUUAAAGAUGGUUUUACAGCAAAAGAUUUUGUCCAGCCUCUAGGAGGCAUGAGCGCCAAGAAAUUUGAUGCCCAUGCAUUAGAUGAUGUAUCGCUUGGCAGUAAUAAAUCUCCUAAAAAUGGUGAAAAGGCACAUCGCAAAUUAGAUUUCAGUUUACUUGAGGGAUCUCCAAUAAAAAAUUGUGAAAACAUAGAACCACUUAAAGUCCCAGAGUUGUCUAUUAGCUCUAGUCUCAGUAAAAAAAAAGAACACGCUAGAGAUAGCUCUAGAGAAAAAGAAAAUCGAUCAAAAAGGAUUAAGAAAGAUGAUUCGAGCCUCCUAAGGAAAGAUGAUAUCUUAAAAGAUACCCCAAGGAGAUCAAAAACGUCAAAACACGUUUCCAGGAAAGACAUUGAGGAAGAACCAGAUUCGAUGUUCGAAAUGUUUAAAGCUGAAAAUUUUCUAAGUAGUGUGCCUAGGGAGAGUGAUUUUGGAUUGAAAAAACCUAAGAGUAAGAAUUUUCUAACUUCUACUGCAAAAAAAAAUGAAGACAAAAAGCACAGAUCUGCUAGCAUGCAGUCAGUUAGGUCAGUCCGUGAACGUUCUUCAGAAAGUAAGAACAGAAAUUACGACACUGAUUCGAAUUCUGAGAAAAAUAUAAAAUCACACGAUAGAAUCACUAUAAGAGAUAGUUCCAGAGGUAAGCUCAGUGACAAUGAUGAACAUUUGCAUAAAGUGACUACUCAGGACUUCAAUAGCUCGAGGCAAUGUAAUGAUCACAAGUACAAGAAUCCAGAGCCAUUGAGUUUGAAGCAGCAAAAACAUUCAAGCAAGCUAGUAUCUCCAGGGCAAACCAAGCAGUUUGAAAAUUAUUCCAAGAUCCAGAUGAAAAAGUCUUACGAGAAACAGAGACCUGCUAACAGUGAAUCGGAUGCAAAAGAUAUAAUUUUGUCUGAUACUUCAGAUGAUAAUAAAGCUCCAUCUGGAUCACUCACAAGUUUAAAAGAUGCAGGGUACUCAUGUAGAAUAGAUGUGACAAGUAAGAGCGAUGAUUCAUUACGAAAUGAAACAUUAUCACAGCAAUCAAAAAGCAACCAGUUGACGCGUGAAUCUGACCAGCCUUCUCGUACCACAAGUCGAAUAGAAAAAGUUUAUGAAAAUUCAGAAGAGAUAAUCUGUACCGAAAAAUUACCAUGCCAAAGUACGAAUACUGACUCUCAAACAGUUGACGGUACAGUUAGUGAAGCCUUAAACAAAUCAAAUUCUGGAUACGAAAAUUCGCUAUCUAAGUCAUCCUCAGGGAUUUUGUUGGACCCAGUAAGAAUUUCGUUUCGUGAUGAAAGUCUUGAAGAGCAAAAUGAAUUUUGUGAUUUAGUAACACCAGAUAUCAAUUUGCUUCCUCGAUCCAAGAGGAGAAAAAAUGUAGUAAAAGAACAAGAUAGUGAAACUGAAUUACGGAGUCCUAAACACAAACCCUUGGCUAAUAACACUCAAUCAAAAGAUGUUGGCAUUCAAUUGUUUCACCCAACCGCAUUGCACAUGCAAUUUCAAGCGGAAUUACACUUGUUAGAUUCAUUCAAUGAAUCGCUGAGACAAGUCAUGGAUGUUGAAAAUUGUUUAUAUAAUGCUACACAAGACAAAGAACAAGAAUUUUCACUUAGACAAAAAGAAAACCAAAUCAGACGAAAAAACUUGCUGCUUUUGCAACGGGACCGGGAAAAAAUACAGAGUGAUCACAAUAUACCAGAAACGUUGAAAAAAAAUGAUUUUUCGACGUAUCCUACAACAUCUGAGGGUAAAGGGGAAAAUAAUUCGAAGGAAGCAAAUCAUGAAGUAAUGAAUACUGGUAAUGAGAACCCAAGUGUAGAACCGGCUGGUGUACUGGAUUGUGUAAAACAGUCCCAAGACACAAUAGGAGGUGCUGAUUAUGCCUUGAGAAAACAUAAUCGUCUUCCUGUGAGUGUGAUAGAAGUCCAAACUCAAACUGCAAAUGAUAUUGCAACGCAAACGGAAGCUCCCAGAGUUAGACGGCGACAUACUUCACCAGGCAGACAAAUACCUGGUAUCACUUAUCAGAGAGGUUCUGCAGCUAUAGAAGAGAUACCACAAUUAUCUUUGGAAUCCUUUGAUCAGUUUGAAGAAUGUGACCAAAUAGAGAAUAUCUCUUUACCUAGUAGAAUGCACACAAUGUCUGAGAUAAGUUUACACGAAACAACAUCGUCAAUUAGGACAGAAACUGGUACAGAAAUAAGUAUCUCAAGGAGAGAUGUUACUUGUUCUUUUAAUAAAUAUCUAGAUUCAGAGUUGGCUCAAUUAAUAAAAGAUGAGAAGGAGAGGUAUGAUGAAAUUGAAAUGCUUUUUAAAUCACGUGAAAAGACUUUGAAUGAUCGCACAAAAAAGUUAGUCAAGUUGGAAGAACAGAAACGUGCUUUACGUGACAUGGGUCAGGAUAGUCGAAUCAGUUCUGUAAAGAAAAAACAGCGAGCCUUGCUUCUAAAAUUGCAACAGGAAAAAGAUGAAAUGACUAGAUUGAAGGAACUGCACAAAAAAGCUAGCCAAGAACGUAAACUUAUGCUUCAAAAGCAAAGAAAUAUGUUGAAUCCUCAAAUGUCCACGAAAAAUAUUCUUACUAAAUUAAAGAGGAGUGCAGAUAGUCAAUCUCCGCGACGUUUGUCUGGCCCUAUGAAAGGGUAUGAUAUCAGAAGUCCAAGUUCUAUGAGCUCACUCGUAGAUUCAGAUAAAUCGCAACUAGAUCGUUCUCAUUUGGAAACAAAAGUUCAGAUACCUGAUGUUAGAGUUCAUAAAUCUGAAGGAAGAAUGAUAAAGUCCGAUAAUAAUAGCGCUGUGCAGGAGAGACAUGAUGCUAAGUCGUUGAUGAAUGAUCAAUUUGAUAACCUGACUGAGCAUUCUGACCUUUCGUUAAUGGAUUCAAAGAUGUCACCAGACUCACAGAAAUUAAUCAUGAAACAACUUACUGCUCAGAAGUUAGAUGGAAAGUCUAGAUAUGAGGCCAAAUCGUGUAAAUACAAAGAGGCCAUGCCGACAAUAGACAAUCUCCAUCAUAAAUCUCAUGUGACUCAUCUUGAAUCAAACACACUUACCAAAAAGCUUCCAAAGAGCUCAGACGCUUCGAUCGGCCCAGAAAAAUUAAAGUUCAAGGAGAUUCAGCUGAAACCAGCUUUGGACGACCCUGAUAAAUCAAUAUCAGAAAAUAUUAGAUCUGAGACUGACACAUUGGUUGAUGAUAUUUCCAAGAAAUCCAAAUCCUCUCAGGCAACUGAGAUAAAUUUUGGAAGUUCAAAGCCAAAGAGGGAAAAAGAGUAUUUGAAUGAGAAAAAUAUACCUGAUCUAGAAGAUUUGGAUAGUGGUGAAUCUGACUCCAUCGCAGAAGAACUUAGUUCUAGGAAAUCCAAGUCCUCACAGGUGAUUGAAGAUAUAUCUGAGAUGACUUCUAAAACUUCGAGUAAGAAUCAAUACACAUCUAUGACAAAUAAGGAAAUCUCUAAAAAAUCCCAAAGCAGCUCUAAGAACUCUAAGUCUAGUUCAAAACGUAAGGGGUCCAGAAGUAUUAAAUCAAAAUCUUCAUCAGAUAUUCUAUCUGAAAAUAUUCUACGAUCUAAGUCGAGUUCCCAAAUCCCAGAGGAAAUUGUGAAAUACCAUAGUAAACGAUCAAAAAUUGAAAGAGAUGAUACACCACUUGAGGGUAAUCAUCAAAGUUGUAUGAUGGAUGAUAUUGAUGUGAAUGAAAGUCAAAGCUCUUUGGAUGCAUUAGUGAAGCACUCGAGGGCUGUGAAGGAAAAGAACUACCAGUUACUUAAAAAUAUAGCAAACGAACAUGAGGCCAAAGAGAACAUGUCUAGAAAAGAGCUAGAUAAAUUACGAAGUGUUUCUGGUAGACAAGACGGAAAUUUGAAAAAUGUGGGAAAUAUGUCAACCAGGUCACAAGUCAGCACGCUUACCAUCUCACAUCACAGUUCAGGAGAGAGCGAAAAAAGUUAUUCCAGAUCUGUAGUAAUUCGAGCGCAAGACCACCACUUCAGAACUUCUAAGAAACUUGAACAAAUCUUGAAUGCCAGAGAGGCUGCUCUUGCAUCGCGCAGAAAUUGUGUCGAAGAGUGGAUUGCAUGGCAUUCUCGACUUCGUGCAGAAGAAAGUCGUGUUGCUCGCAUGGAGGAAGCUGCGUUCAAGCUUGUCAGUGCAGCUUCCAAUGCUCUUUCAUAUCACGAUACAACGGUAUCAUCGGAUACGAGUGAUGUAGAAAGUAGAAUUGAAGUAUUAGCUGAGAAACUGGCAGAACGAAGAACUGAGAUGGCUCGGUUGAAAAGGGAAGCUAAGCGGCAAGCCAAACAGAGGCUCAAAGCAUUGGAAGCUAAUCUGCUCAAUCAAAUCAAGAAAUAUGAUACAACCAUCCAUGAAAUGCGUAAAAAGUUGGAGAACAAACGUGGCGUAUUGAACGAUGGUUUGUCAGAGAAGCUUCCCAUUGAGUCAAAAUCUCUUACCGAUUUUAAAAUCCCAGAUAUUCCAAUAGAAAGAAUAAAGGAAAUUUGCAAGAACAGCGAUUUGUCAAAAUCCAGAUCAGAAUCCGAAUUGAGAAAUUUAAUAUCUGAUAACAGUCGGCGUAAGGAUCAGGACAAUGCCUACGGAAGUGAAAAUUCAGAACACGAAUAUUCGAGUUAUAGGAAAGCACUAAGAUCAACUGUGAGUGAUAUCAUAGAUCCAUCUGAGGUUUCAGUUUCUGAUAGAAAAGCCACGACUCAGAGUAUUCAAUCAAUUUUCGAAGAUGUUAAAAGUACCGCAUCGAGAGCAUCGGACUUCAUUUCCGAAAAUAUUGAAAGUGGAAUAAUAUCUGAACGUAUUGAAGAUAAUAGCCGUUUAAUAACUGCGAGAUCGUCGUCAGAUAAAUCAGGAGAUGAAAGUUCUAAUAUUAGUGCAAAGAUUGAAUCCGAUUCGAAAUAUAAUGAGACCGAGUAUUCGCGUUCGGCGAAAAUACACCAUACGGAAGUUGCUCAACAUGAGACGCGAGGCACGGAUAAUGAUCAGGGUACACCAAUUGAACAAGUCAAGGAUUCCGAAGGAAGUGUCGUGUCAGGGAAAUCAAGAAGAUCUUCAAAUCAAGAAACCAGCAGCAUUUCGGAAAGCAUACAAGAAGUUGAUUCCGUGCGAGAGGGUGAGUCCGAAUCAAUUAAAUCAAAUUCUGAAAUCGAGCAUUCAAAGAGCUAUGAUGUUUCAAUCGCGAAGUCAGUGCCGAUAUCCAUUUCUUCUGAAAAAAUAGUCGAAGCUAUUUCCAUAGCUACUGCCGGUGAUAUCGUGUCUACAACCGAAGGGUCUGCCGCGAUCAGUCAAAUGAAUGUUGAUAAUUCGGUGCAAAAAUCGCAAUCCAUGUCGAAUAAAUUAAGUUUUUUGGAGCUGGGGGAUAAAAAUUUGAACCAUGACAUAAGCACGCUUGAGAAUGAUUUGAAAACACUUUCCGAAAUGAUGUCACAAUUCAGUAAAAAAUCGGACAGUAAAUUAAAACCUGAAAUUAUUCACGAGAACGAGGGUAGGGCAACAGAUAUUACUGGCGACUCUGAAAAAGGUACUUCCGCAGACAUUACGGACUUAGAUAAUCCGCAAUCUGAUCUAAAUACUAGCGCGAAUGAUUCUAAGACCAACAAGUCGCCAGAGCUGUCUGAGUCAGAUAUCGUUUGUCAAGAUAAGGAUGAGCUUGGGGGAUCGAUCAUUGCAAAUAACAACGCUACGUAUAUUGUAGAGGAACAAUGUAACGAUUCAGAAAUCAAUGAUAAAGACUUGACCGCGCAAGUGACCGAAAUAAUGUUGAAAAUAAUGCCCGAGAACUCAACAUCACCAAAAUCGGUUGACAAAGAAAUCGAUUUCAAAGCAAGAAGUAGAGAAAUUCUGAAUGAAAUUGAGAAAUCGAUCAUAUCUGAACACGUUAAAUCUCCCGAACUGGCAGAUAUGAGCACAAAACUCAUGGAGGAAAAUAUAUCCUCUCUAGAAAAUAAAAACGAGGAAGUGAUCGACUAUCUAAAUUCUUUAGAACAUGACAUUAUGUCUAUCGCGGAAAUAAUUUCUCACGCGUCUGACGCGAAGAAAGAUAUUCGGAAGAUUACAAGUAUAGGUACAGAUCAUCUGUUCGAUGAAAAUAUCGUUGAACCGCCUUCCAUUUCGGAUGCAUCGAAACUCGAGCAGUCUGAUAGGAAAUCGCAGACUGACGAGGAAGAUAGCCACGGUAAACAGAUUUUAAAUAUACCUCUUGGACCCGAAGCAAACGAAGAAGAAGAGGAAUAUUUACAGAGUUUAAAUUCAAUUUCGGAUCGUCGGAAUUCCCAUAAUGUGGCGAAACAUUUGGAGCAAACUGACGCUAUGUUCGAAACAAUCAAAGAUCCGGAAUACGAAGACAUAUCCGAAGAAAGUUUGGAGGUCUCGGAAAUUAUGGAUAAAUCUGAAUCGCAUCGUUCCGAUCGACAGGGACUCGAAAAGACUCACAGACUUCCCGAAAAGUAUGAGAUCAAACAAAAAUCUGAAGAUGUACUCCGAAUUUUGGACGAGAUUACUCAGAAAUCAAACAACGGCCUGCAGAGAUCUCAACACUUUUCUCUCACCCCUGACAAUCACGGUAAAAAGAUUGACGAACUGCUUCAAAGGUCCGGGAAGUUAUCGCAAAAUUUUGAAGCGAUGAAGAAAAAACCCAUUCAAGCGAAUACGGUAUCUGAUCUGCCGAUUGUUAAUGCCGUUUCUCGAGCAGAAUUGAUUUCCAAACACCAAGAAAUUAUUGCGAUCGAUCAGGAAAAUAAUUCAUCGAAAAAAUCAACCGUACCACCAAGCAAGAUUGAAAAUAUAUUACGUGAUUUUGGCGUACCCGAUUCUAGCGGAAAACCAGAUGCAUCGAGCGAUCCGAAUUCAAUUGCUCAUCGCAUAACACCAAUUGUCGAAGCCACCGAAUCAGCAUCUGAUACAAAUAUCAGUGCUGCUAAAUUAGACGAUCGUUCAACAGUUGAGAAAUCUCUGAAAGAAACCUAUACGGAAUCAGAGGUAGGCAGGUCGUCACAAAAGUCUGAGGCCUCGUCCGAUAAAAGUUCAGGAGAAGUUUCCGAAGAAAUUUCACAGGAUGACAAAAUAGGAGAAAUAUCGGAAUCUGAUAUAAUAAACAUGAUAUUGGAUUAUCAAGAAGUUGGAUGUGUAAUAAAAGAAACUUCUGAUCCCGAAAUUAAUAAUGUCACUUCAAAAUCUGAGGAAGAGUUGGAGAAACCUGAUUCCCACUCAUGCAACGUUGAUGUGAUCAUGCAUCAACCCCAGAGCACGAGUCCAACAUUGCGUUCCGAAGAAAAUUUAUCGAAACAGGAAAAUAAAGGAAAAAUUCAACUCACUGUCGAUGAAUCUACUGAUCCACCUAAUCUUGGGAGGCAGAGUGAUUCAAAAAUUCCGGACGAAUCGUCCGAGUUAAACUUGGAGCUGCAGCUUGACGACCGUCCAAUAAUCGGAUACCAAGAUGCGUCCCAAAAAGUUGACGAAAUGCACGAGCCCUCGCAAGAUCUUUCUGCCAUGUCGCAAAAUUCCGAGGACUCGUCAAACAAAACGAAUAUAGGAGAAAAAUCAGACUGUGCCUCGCAAAAAUCAGACGAGUCGCAAGCGUCGGAAAAAUCGGAAGACAUCUUACAGAAGUAUGAAGUCGAACUACCCUCCGAAUCCAGCGAGGAGGUGGACACCCCGAGAAGUGUAUCUGAGAUAGAGAUGGAUUCACCCAGAGAUCCGAAUGACUCUAGGCUCGAUAUUGAAAAUUUGGACGAUGAUUUGCUGGCUACAAAUAAUGAAUUGAGGACCGAGUUUCACGCCACCCCUGUCGUCGCUACUUCAGAGAAGGACAUCGAAGCAAUGAUCGACAAAUUAAAAGUGUCGCUAGAACAACCGGGAUUGGAUGUUGCGGAACUAGAGGCAAAACUACUUCGGAUUCAGCAACUGCAAAUUGAAUUAGAGAUAAAAAAAUUAGAAGCCGAAGAAGUUUCUUAUUAUGUUAGAGAAAUUCCCAAUAAACCACCUCCGCCGUACACACCUCCAAGUGGCGGAAGAUUAUCUGUUUCACAGACAUCACCGUCCCCCGUUCUUGCUGUGGUACCUACCAACGUUGAUGACUUGACAGCAUUUACUGAACGAGCGACACAUUUAAUUUAUCGUGCUAAACAGUCCGGAGAGGAUAUAAUAAACCUUGAACAUCCGAUAGAAAUAAUCGAAUUGAGCAAAGAUAAUAAUGAGACGACGAGAAGAGAUAGAAAAAUUUACAACACAUUUUUAUUCGACCUUUGCAAGGAAACUAUAUCGGAAGUAUAUCAAUCCGAAUACGAGAAACCAGGCCCGAGUUGGCUCAAACCAAAUGCCAAGACGAAGCCUGUGAUGAAAAUUCCGAAAACGGUCGAGGGACUCAAUGAUUACGUGAGCAAAGAAGUGGCAACUUUAUUCGGAUUCAAGACUAAGUUGCAGAGGGAAAAUCUGGUCAUGCGUUGGAGUAGAAAAAGACGCGAUCGCGUGGAUGAACUAUUGGCGAGAGAGGCCCAAGCGGAGGAGGACGAAUGGACAAAGUUCCAUCACGACGAACUGGCUGUGAAAAAUGAACUAACCACCGCGAUAUUGGAUUCGCUGAUACUGGAUGCUGCUAACGUAGUGAAAAUGGCUUACAUGAAAAAACGGAAAAUAAUAAGCUGAAAUUUACGCGGACGUUGUUUCGUUGAUUACGAACAACAAACGCAAUUAUAAUCAUGUAUCAUUGAGUUCAAGUAUUCAUUGCCAUGCCGGAUCAACCGAUUUGGAGAACUGUUUUAGUUGUGAAAAAUAUUCAUUGUUAAACCUUCGUUGUAUAAGUAUAAGGCACUAAUUUAGCUAAAAAUAAGAUAAUAUUUGUAUAGCGUGAUUUUUGUUUUUGUUUUUUUCUCUUUGUUUUAUACAUCUCAACUGCCAUUUACAAUUUGUCUCUACUAUAUUUGUUCGUUCGGUUUCUCGUUAUUUCUGAUAGUAUCGAUGUAUAGGCUGGUUCCUAUUCUCCGUAAUCCCAUAUCCCUUUAUACCCGUAGAAUGUUUCCCAAAAGUGAGCUUGUGAAAUACCAUGUAUUUAUAUUUGUAUAUUGACGGUUACGCAGCAUACGGAAAUUCUUGGGAUUCGAUGAAUAAACGAAUCGAAUAUUGACUGAUAACAGCUCACCGCAACGUGCUCGCGUUUAUCGGAAUUUGCAUAUAGGUGACUCGUGAAUAUACGAUAUUUAUAACAAAUAUACCUGCAUACCCUUAUAUAUCUGUUAAAUAAUUUGUUCACAGAUCUCGUACCUAAGCAACGUAAUAAGUUUUUCUGUUAUCUUGUAUUUUUCUUUCUGGUGUUAAAUACUUAUUUAUUUUGUUACGAACAUUUAAAACAAACAAGCAGACAAAUGUUAAUCGAGGCUCGACCUGCCAGGCUCAACUGUUUUAUGAAAUUAGGAAGAUAUCCGCGAAAGACUGAAAAGACUGGGGCCAUUUUAAUCAAAAUUACUGUCAAGAUUUCGAAUUUAUUAGUAUUAAAAUAUAAAAAUGUAUACGGUGUACUUCGUGCACCUACAAUACACAGGAUAACGCCAGGAUAAAUAAAUCCUCCUGAGAUAUCGACAACGAAUUAAUCAUUUAAGCACGUGGAGAUAAUCUGUUAGAAUGUAAUAUUGGAUCAUAAGUAGUCACCACGAGUAGCACAAAUACUUGCAGCAUUGUUAAUUAGUUUUCUCUUACCUUUGUGUUUACGGUUGUGAUGUAAAUAGUACAAUAAUAUGUGAUUCGCCAUGAUUUACACUGCACUUUAUAGGGCGAAAUAGUGGAACCGUUAGUUUUUUUCGCAAAUAUUUUCAAACAAAAUUUCCACAUAAUCCAUAAAAUCGAAGGGCUGCGCACCUCGCUGCACACCCAAAAAGAAUCUUACUGAUUGUGAACCGUUUUUCCGGACCCGCAACCGCCCUGUCUAGCUUACAAUUACCGACUGACUUUGCGUUUCAUCAUUAUUCGCAUUUAUGUAUUUAUCUAUAAGGUACGUGCGAAUCGUCGAGUGUGUCUCUUACUUAUAGCGAGUUCACCGCUAGACUAGUUUUAGGCUGUAUUCGUAUGCCACGUGCUCAUCACUAGGAUGUUCACGCACGCACACAUAUAUAUACAUACAAAUAUAUAUAAAUACGUAGUUGAAUAUGUACUUAAUUAAGUUCUGAUAUAUUUUAUAAUAAACUUUGUGAAAUAUAAAUUGAA